AUGAGUGAAGCUAAAGCAACAACAUGUAAAGAAGCUAUUCAACGGUGGGAAGAAAAAACUGGUUUGAUCUCAAGCGAACAGAAAGAAAUCAUUUUGUCUUUUCAAUGGCCUCCGAUUGAGAGAAUGGAUAAUAAUUUAGCGGCACUUACCGCCGUCGAGAAAUUAUCUCUCUCAACAAAUAUGAUAGAGAAAAUUACUGGUAUCAAUUCUUUAAAGAAUUUAAAAAUUCUAUCUCUGAGCCGUAACAAUCUUAAGACGUUCUCCGGAUUGGAAGCAGUUGGAGAACAUUUAGAAGAAUUGUGGAUAUCAUAUAAUCAGAUCGAAAAAAUUAAAGGUGUUAACGUAUUAAAAGCGCUGAAAGUACUUUACAUGUCGAAUAAUUUGGUAAAAGACUGGGCGGAGUUUAAUCGUCUACAAGAAAUACCGAAUCUCGAAGAUUUAUUGUUCAUUAAUAAUCCUAUUUGUGAAAAUAUGGACACGGAAUCUUGGCGUAGUCAGGCAACCAGAAGACUUCCAAAACUAAAGAAACUUGAUGCUAUACCGGUUGUAUAAUUAUCUCUUAAUCAUUACACGGAAUGAAGAUAGAAAUUU